UAGAACUCGUUGAAGAAACUGAUAAAAAUCCUGAUGCUGUUGAAGUAGAUGAUGAUUCUAACGUUACUCUAAACACAAAUAAAGGGAAAGGAAAAAAUAUAUUAAAAUGUUUAUAUAACGAUAAAAAAAUUAAAGAGGGUGAUGAAAUUAAAUAUGGGAAGGAUCACAUCUGCUUCUUAACUUUGAUAAAUUCUAUUCCAUGUAUUAUGUAUAACGAAAUAGUACAUUAUAGUAUAGAUGCUUUUCUUCAAGAAUAUCUAAAGGAUAUUCUAGAUAGAGAUUUGGCAAUAAAUUCAUAUUGCAGUGAACGAUGCCUGUUUUCUAUUAGAGGUAUAAAGUAUAAUGAUUUGAAAGACAUGUGA